AUGAUCCGAUUGAUCCUUCAAGACUCUUACGCGAGGCUUCGCAAGUACCGUCAGAGGAUCGAUGAAGCGAUGGCAAAGUGGUUCAAGUUCAAAGGCGGGAAUGGUACACAACUGCUCCAGCAGAGGGUGGCCGAAGGAGCCGGCGAACACAAAGCAAAGCGCGAAGCAGCACUUGAAAUCAAUUUUCGCAAGCUACCUAGUUCAACGUCAUCCAAAGAUGACAAACUGGUGCACAACCUGUCAUCCAAGGAGCUAACGGAGUAA